GUCCUCUCAGCCUCUGCGCCCUGCAGUGCGGCUGGGCUCGUGGGAAUUGGAUUUUCCAGUGCCCCAGGCCUCUCUGCUGCAGGGGGCUCGGUGCGUGGUUCCCAUGCCCUGCCACGCUGUCAGUCUGGAGAGCAUCGGAGCGGGACGCCAGCUCUACUCGUUUGGCCUAAAAUCUCCGUUUCUUUGAACUCCUCAAAAAUCUCACCUCUCUGGUAAAAGCUGAGCUGCUUGCCGAUGCUUCUGGGCUGGCUCUACUAUGAGGACUCGACCUGUCACACUGUGGCUGGCGCUGCCGGGAUGGGAGCUGCAGUGAUUCUGAUCACUGUGUGCUGUUGGGGCUCGCCUCCUCAAUGUGCUUCUUGGCAGUGGCAAGCGAAAGGCAAUCAAACCAGAGUGGUGCUGGGCUGAUAACAGCACAUCGUGUGAAGCUGGCUGGCGGUUGUGCUUUCAGUCGCAGGCUGUGUUUUGCUUUCCGGGCUGCUGUCGGCAAAGGUACAGAGGAGGUCCAAAGGAAGUUAUUGUAAGCCCUUUACCAGAAAACAAAUGCCAUCAUUUCAGGAGAGCUUACCCCUUUGAAUUUCUUCCCUGUAGGAUUUUGAACUGUGUACUACCACAUUUCGUCAUUCGUGCAGGUGCAGCGUUUCCUCUCUACCACGACCUGAAAGAAGGUUGUAGUGAGGCAGAGGUCAGCCCUUCCUCUCAGGUAAUAGUGAUAGGAUGAGAGGGAAUGGCCUCAGGUUGCACCAGGUGAGGUUCAGGUUGGAUAUUAGGAAACAUCUCGUCUCCAAAAGAGUGGUGAUGCAUUGGCACAGACUGCCCAGGGAGGUGGUGAAAUCACUGUCCCUAGAGGCGUUCAGGAAACAUGGAGACUGCUGGGACAUGGCUCAGUGGGCAUGGUGGUGAUGGAUUGUUGGUUGGACUAGAUGAUCUUAGUGGUCUUUUCCAACCUUGAUGAUUCUGUGAUUCUUUGGUGCCGAGCCUCUGGGCUUGUUCUUUUACAGCACGUCAGUCACAGGGAGCCGUGCUGUGUUCUGAGAUCAGCGCUCAGGGGCAGGGAUGGAUGGCCGUGCUGGGACAUGGGGCACGGCUGCAUCGUGACUUGGAGCAUGGCCCUGCUGUGAGGGAACAUUCACGGCCUUGUUUGACACCUGGCAAUCUCGUUAAUGUCUUAGUAAGAUGCCAGGGCCCUAGAAGAUCGUCCCGCUGCCAUUUUAAGAAGGGAUAGUGUGCAGUAUUGAGUUACAUGGAGGUAGAAGUCACUGGCAGCUUGCUAGGGUCAUUUGUUCUCCUUCUCCAGCCACGCUUAGGUUAGUGGAUGAGACAGGGGAAAUACCUACCUGACCUGGCAUCCUUGAUUAGGGGACCAAUUUCACAGAUCCUCUGAGACAAGAUUUUCCGCGAGGGAUAAAGCCUGAUCUGGGUGCGUGAUGACUGUGUAGUGCUCGGAAAACAGUUAAUUAUCCCUCGAUGCUCUGGAGUGAAUUAUGAAUAUUUGGGGUGAGAGGCAAAGGGGGGCUGGUUGUGCAGCGAGGCAUGCAGCAGCAUUGGACACCACUGUGGAGGUGCCUGUGUGUGCCUUGGUGCUGGCAGGCAGUGAGUCUGCCCUGCUCCAGCACAGCGCUUCCUUCUGUCCCUUGCUCCCCAGGCACUGAUUGCAGGGUGGUUGUGAAUGUAAAGUGACAGGGGUGCAAACACCCAAAUAAACCCCCUGAAAAGACCUUGCCGCUCUGGGUGGUUUGGAUUUCUGUCUGGCAGUUUCCUCUUACACAUCUGCGAAUAGAAAAGCCUGGCAUAUUUGCUACCCACAUGGAGAUUAUUUGCUUGGGAAAGGGAAAGGCACCCGGGCAGGAAUGCUUGUUCUUAGUGUCAGAGGAAAUGUAACGGGAUGCUGUUUAUUUAAUUUGUGAGCUCUUUGCUGACCCUGAUUUAAUGCAGCCCGUGGUGAGCCGCUCACAGGCAUGCAAUUUUAUGUUUAUUUUCUUAAACCUUUCACAAUCAGUUCCUGUUCUCAUUUCAGUGGUGCUGCUGCGGGUGGGUGGCUGUGCCAUGUCAGCCUCCCCGCGCCAGGCUCCCUCCUUUUACUGAUGCUGUGCGUGGUGUAUCGGGAGAGCCAUCCUGACACAGAGGGCUCUGGGAAGCCUGUGCUGAAGUGAGGCAGCACGCCCAGGUCACCAGCCGCCCUUCUGUGUUGGCCGUGCUGCAGUUGUGAAGCCUGGAAGCAGGGGUAUGAUUAAUGGCCAUCUUCAAAUUAAGUGCUCGGCUGCUUCAGGGCUGGGUUCUGAGUGCUGCAAGUAGUACGGGCAGAUCUCCCACAUGCGUAUCAUUUACAUGGGGCUCAAAUUCCCGGAUGCAGUUUAUUUCGUCACUGAUGCUUUAGUGGGAUGGGUAGCCCUCCUGCUCUUAUUCCACACGUGAGAGCAGUCUGCAGCCCGUGCUCUUGGUCGUGACCCCUUUGGCAAGGCCAUUUUGGUGAAGCCAUUGUGCUGCGGUCUUUGUUUUCCUUCUUUUAGCAGGUAGACUUAUUUGUAGCACCUGAGACAGAGUGAACCCACAGCUUUGCCUUGUUUCGUGCUCUGACUUGGAGGAAGCACGUGAGAAGGGACAGGAGGAGGAGAAGAAUAUAUGUAGUGCCUGGCCCCUUACUUACAACAGCAGAUGUGCUCCUUGCACAUCUUGGCAGAGGAGAUGGGGCAGCUCCCUGCUGUCUGUUAGGUAGGGUGGAGUGGAAACAACUUGUCCUAGGCCACGUGCAAACUGCGAGUUGGUUUGGUGCCGUGUUCAGUGCUCUUUAAAUUAUGGCAGCUAGAGAUUUAUGCAGGGAAAAAAAGAGGGAAGUGUGUUUUAACGAUGAGAUAUGUCAGUGCUAACUGUGAAUUUGAGUUCUGUUUUCUCCUUUGCCACAGAUUCAGGCUUAGAGCAUGACCGUGCAUAAGUAGUACAGUGUUCAUCUCUGACCCUGUACCCUGCAAUCUGAUGGGAAGCAGCACUUCCACGAUCCUGCCACUGGUGUACUGUUGCAGUGGUAGCUGUUGCAGAAGGCACAAUGUGACAAAAUAAAUGGUCUCUUCUGGGUGCUUCAUUAUCCUGUUGCAUUUGUUGUCAUUCUUCCCAAGAAGGAGGAUGGCUUCCUUGCCCACGUUCUGGGUAAGCUGAGCUCUUCUCUGCUGUGAGGCAACAGCAACACUUGUUGGUUCAUCUCAUCCCUGGGGAACAGCUGUUGUUUAUGAAGGCUAUCUUGCACGGGUGGUGAUUCUUCUAAAGGACAUAAAACACACAGUGUUGGCCUGACCCUCUUUCCCUGAGCUGUGUCCCACUUGCUUUCUUAGCAGCUAAAAGUGUGCAUGGCGUGGGCAGCUGUUGUCUUUUUGAUAUCACUUUUUUCAGAGAACUUAAAAGGAAGAUUCAGUGAUACCUCGCUCUGAUUCUCCAAAACUGCCAGAGGAGAUAGCUUGGACGCAGACGUGAGGAGCGCUGCAGAAAUGCCAGACACUAUAUAAAUAACUAAACUCGGCCCCCGGCCCUUCCCAAGAGAGGAACGAUCUGCAGAAAUACUUCAACAGAUGGUCCGGGUUUGGCUUUGAAGGGGGUUGGAAGAGAUGCCAGGCCGCUGCCGAGCGCCGCGUGGGCACGUGCCCAAGUGUGCUGGGUGCCGCGCUGCGUGCCAGCCCCAUCUGCAGCCCCUCCAUGCCGGGGAGGGCACCUGUGUGCUGCUGGGGCAGGCUCAGUGCUGGUGGUGUGUGCUGCGUGCCUGGUGAGCGUGGGGUGCAGGAGAUGGGCAGUUUCCCAUGGUGGCAGCCCCAGCUGGCUCCGCUUGGGGUUGUGAAUUGCAGCCCGGUCAAGAAGCCCUGUCCCAGGACUGGAGCAGAACAGUGUAUCUGCUUCAUGCGUUGCAAAACUAUCGUUAGUUUCCCAGAGCAGCAUGCCCGUUGCUUAGCUCUCUGGCAGACCAGUUUGGGGUGUCUGACGUUAUUGCCAGGUCCUGCCACGUGCUCUUCAGCGAGGCAGUGUUGGUUGGUGGUUGGAGCAGGGCAGUGCCGUGUGUGUCAUGCACCUCGGGGGUGGGUUUUUUGGACACUGUCUGAAAACAGGUCUCAUUCCUAAACAAUGCAAGAUGAAUCCCUUCUCUUUGGAUGCCAGGUGUGCCAGGUAUAUGUGAGUAUACAUCUGGCAGCACUGCACUGUGCAUGCGGAGCAGCCAGAUCCCUGUGAAUCUAUGCAUGGAUUUGCAAGUCUCUGCAGAGCACGGGCUGGAGCCUACCACUACUUCAGAGCAAGAUGCCGGGCCUGGAUUUCCGCUGCUGCUGUGCUCUGGCCUUGUAUCACCAUAGCACUGAAGAUGUUACAAUAAGAGAUGCAUGGAAAGGGAUUUUGGCGCUCUAGUUCCUGUGCUCCUUUGUCCGUGUUCCUGUAGAAGCCAUGGAGAGGAAGAAGCUGAAUUGGAAAAGAAGUGACAGAAGAAGUAUUGAAGGAACAAAUCCAUUUCUUAACAAGAUCAAGUUGGAAUUAAAUGGCUGAUAAACAGAUCAGUUUACCUGCCAAGCUGAUCAAUGGAGGGAUAGCUGGGCUGAUCGGGGUCACCUGUGUAUUUCCCAUUGACUUGGCAAAAACUCGCCUGCAGAACCAGCAGAAUGGCCAGCGGAUGUACACCAGCAUGUCUGACUGCCUCAUUAAAACAAUACGCUCGGAAGGCUACUUUGGCAUGUACAGAGGCGCUGCAGUGAACCUGACUCUAGUGACACCAGAGAAGGCUAUCAAACUGGCAGCCAAUGACUUCUUCCGGCAUCACCUCUCCAAAGAUGGGAAGAAGCUGACGCUGCUGAGGGAGAUGCUGGCAGGCUGCGGUGCGGGUACCUGCCAGGUGAUUGUCACCACUCCCAUGGAGAUGCUCAAAAUCCAGCUGCAGGACGCGGGACGGAUUGCGGCACAGAAGAAGCUGAUGGCAGCACAGGCCCAGCUCUCCUCUUCCUCCGCGGCGGGGGCGGCGGAGCCGGUGGUGGAAACACGCACCACAGCAACGCAGAUAACCAGGGAGCUGCUGCGCAGCAAAGGCAUCGCGGGACUCUACAAGGGCCUGGGAGCCACGCUGCUGAGGGAUGUUCCAUUCUCCAUCGUUUACUUCCCGCUGUUCGCAAACCUGAACAAGCUGGGCCAGAAGGACCCCAGUGUUAAGGCCCCCUUCUACGUGUCCUUUCUCUCUGGAUGUGUGGCUGGCAGUACGGCUGCAGUGGCUGUCAAUCCUUGCGAUGUGAUCAAAACGCGGCUGCAGUCCUUGCAGAGGGGAGUCAACGAAGACACGUACUCAGGAAUCCUGGACUGCACCAAGAAGAUCUGGCAGAAGGAAGGACCCAUGGCCUUCCUGAAAGGGGCGUACUGCCGAGCCCUGGUCAUCGCUCCUCUCUUCGGCAUCGCACAAGUUGUCUACUUCAUUGGCAUUGCGGAGUUCCUCCUGGACAUACUCCCGAAGCACCGGGCCUAGCCCUGGCAUGCCCGCCCGUGCCCGCCCGUCCUCUGCCACGCCGGAUUCAUCCCCGUGUUCGUCGUCCAUGUCGAGUGGUGUCAGAGCAACAGCACAGAGGGUUCGCAUGGGAACAUGGGGGACAUGGUCUCCAGAUGAGCAAACAGGGGGAGGGAGAGUCCCUUUUCUGUCUUGAUCUGGAGCCUGUUCCCUCCCUCUCCUUCCACGGACAAUACCCAAUUAUGCAUAUCUUUUUUUUUUUUUCUUUUUAAUCAUAAUUCUUAAGGACACUGGUAAGCACAGACUGGGCUUGCGCACCCAGAAGUCUCCUCCCAGCAUUUAGAAGAGGGAAGGGGAAAAAAAUGACCUGAGCCCUCAUCCACCUCCACCCUUCCCAGGGCUCCUGGCUGCCUGCAGAGGGGCUGCAGGGGCAGCUGUGUCCCUCAGCCAGCCCUCGGGGUGCUGGGUCUCAGGAGGAGAGCAGGUGUCCUGCAAAGGGGACGCUGGGUCUGGCAAGUUCCUUGGCUUGGAAUCCUUCACCUCCUUCCUCUCCCAAGCUCAAAAAUGAGUUGGACGAGGGUGAAUUUCUUGGAGGUCAGAGGAAGGGAAAGAGGAUCAUUGCUAUUGUUUUUGUAAUUAUUCUUGUUUUAAAGCAAAGGGACUUCCCUCCUAAUGAGGUGUCAGAGGCACAUCUGGGCGAGGUGCAGAGGCGAGGUGGCUGCUCUGUAGGGAACAUGUCUGUGGGAUCAUGUGAAUGUUGAAGGUCCUUCCCUGCUUGGCUGCAGGCAGGGGAAGGAGAGAAACUUGGGAUCAACUUUAUUUUAUUUUAUUUUUUAACGCAGGGAUUGUGGGGAGGGAAAAGCAACCAAACAAAAAGAAACCACUUACAUUCCUUCAGCCUGCCCGCCCCGGGGCAAUGCCUAUAGUGGGUGUAUGGUUAUCUGUGUACACAGUUAGCUGUGUGUUUCCUGGCUUGACCCCAGGGCAUGCAAGGAGGAGCCUGGUCUGUUGCCAUAGGGUCCAAGGUCCAGUAGCUGUGCUAUGAAGGCCGUGUGUUUGCUCUUACCUUGCAAGGUGAAAGCACAAGGUCUGGUUUUGCAUUGUUGUUUGACUGGGCGUGCCUGCAGCCAGCUGCUGUCAGGGAGAUCCCACGCCCUGAGCAAGGAGCUGCUGCGCACGUGGGAUUGCAGGAUCGAGUCCUCCACAUCCCAAAAACUCAUCAUCCCUCUCGCCCCUGGGGUAGUGGUUGUUGUUGGGUGGUGGGGGCACUUCCCCACUUCACAACCUGCUCUGCAACCACUUGUCAGAGGAAUUCUCAUUGAGUACUCUCUUGGGCUGUGCUAUUAAUCCUUGGUGAAUUAUCUCAAGUGCAAGAUCAACAACCUCACCGUGAUCUUCUCCAUUAUUUAUUCCAUGUGGUGCAAUCCACCCAACCUCGAUGUUUAAAUUAAACGAGUCAAAUUCACCUUCCAUUCCUUCUUUUUGCUUGUUUCUCCAGGCGCUUGCUUGGUGUUUGUGUUUCAGUUGUAUAUUUAAUUUAAAAAAAAAAUAACCCAUGUUUUUAAUGCUUAAAAGAAAACCACCUCUGUUUCAGCUUUCUUGGGUUAGGGUAUUUUUCGAAACCCGUAUGCCGAGGGCUUUCUUCCUCGAUGUGUCCUUCUUCUCUCAGAAAAAGUCAUUCUGUGGCUGAUUUGUUCCUUGUCACUUUGCUUAUGUGAAUCACUUUCCUUUUUUUUAAUGAUUUUUUUUUCCGUGUAUCUGGGAAGGAAUCUGUGCAAAGAUGGUCUCCGAGUCCGGUAGAUGUCUGUGAUGUGUGUAGUGCUGUGAUGCUGCUCUUGCUCUGGAUUUCUCUUGGGUGGAUUAAAAGAGAAAGAUUUGUGGUUUUUCUAA